UUACUCAUCUCUUCAGCUCUGCUCUGCCUCUCUCCACUUUGGAGCCAUCUCACUUCAAGGAACCAUGUCGACCCAAACCACCAUCAAGAGUCAAACCAGCCACUGUGGCUCCAGUGCCAGCUCAGCCAGAGUGCCUGGGCUCAACCACUCUGGCUUCAGCUGUGUGUCUCUGUGCCAAUCCCGGGGCAUCAGUGGCUCUGGGCCCAUGUGUAGAGUAGCUAGCUUUGGCAGCAGGAGCCUCUACAGUGAGGGAAGCUCCAAGAGGAUCUCCAUUGGAGGAAGCAGCUGUGGCAAUAGGGAGUUCUAUGGUAGACAUUAUGGGGGAGAUCUUGGCAUUGGAAGAGGAGCCUGUGGUUGCUUUGGCUUUGGUGCUGGAGCUGGCUUUGGUGAUGGCUAUGGGGGAGCUGGCUUCCCGGGAUACCCAUCUGGAGGUAUUCAAGAGGUCACCAUCAGCCAGAGCCUCCUCAUCCCCCUGAACCUGCAAAUCGACCCCACCAUCCAGCGGGUCAGGACUGAGGAGAGGGAGCAGAUCAAGACCCUCAACAACAGGUUUGCCUCCUUCAUUGACAAGGUGCAGUUCCUGGAGCAGCAGAACAAGGUCCUGGACACCAAGUGGGCCCUGCUGCAGGAGCAGGGCACCAAGACUGUGAAGCCUGAGGUAGAGACUCUAUUUGAGGAUUACAUUAACAUCCUUUCAAGACGGCUGGGCUUCACUGUUGCAGAGAAGGGUCACCUGGACGCAGAGCUGAGGAGAAGUCAGGGUGUACUGGAGGACUACAAGUACAAAUAUGAAGAUGAAAUCAGCAAGCGCACAGCAGCAGAGAAUGAAUUCCUGACCCUGAAGAAGGAUGCAGAUGCUGCUUUCAUGAUCGAGAAUGAACUUACAGCCAAGGUCCACAGUUUGAUAGAUGAGAUCAACUUCUUGAGGACUUUAUUUGAUGCUGAAAUGUCUCAGAUGCAAACUCCUCUCUCAGACACAUCUGUGAUUAUCUCCAUGGACAACAACCACAGCUUGGACAUGGAGAGCAUCAUUGCUGAGGUCAAGACACAAUAUGAGAACAUUGCAAAGAAAAGUCAGGCUGAGGCUGAGUCUUGGUACCAGACUAAAUAUGAGGAGCUGCAGGUCACAGCUGGCAGACAUGGGGACGACCUGCGCAACACCAAGCAGGAGAUUGCUGAGAUCAACCGCAUGAUCCAGAGGCUAAGGUCUGAGAUUGACCACGUUAAGAAGCAGUGUGCCAACCUGCAAGCUGCUAUUGCUGAUGCUGAGCAACGUGGGGAGAUGGCCCUGAAGGAUGCCAGGGGCAAGCUGGAAGGGCUGAAGGAUGCCCCGCAGAAGGCAAAACAGGACAGGACCAGGCUGCAGAAGGAGUACCAGGAGCUCUUGAGUGUCAACAUAUACCUUGAUGUGGAAAUCACCACUUACAGGAAGCUGCUGGAGGGGGAGGAAAACAGGUUCAAUGGUGAAGGUAUUGGACCAGUCAACAUCUCUGUGGUGCCGUCCACUGGAUCCAGCGGCUAUGACAGUGCAGGUGGUGCGAACAGAAACCAUGGCCUGGGUGGAGGCAGCAGCCAUUCCUAUGGCAGGAAUCAUGGCCUUGGAGGUGGCUUCAGCACUGGCAGAAGCAGAGGCAUUGGGGGUGGCCUUGGCUCCUCUAGUGGCAGCUCUUCCACCAUCAAAUACACCACUACCUCCUCCAGCAGGAAGAGCAACAGGCACUGA